AUGUCGACCAUUUCGCGGACGCUCGGCUACCUGCGCCGGAUCGGUAUCAAGGUGAGUCGACGAAACGACCACGACCACGACGACACGACAACACGACGGCUUGGACAACGGCCGGCCGCCUCCUCACAGUACUCUGCUGACAUGCGUUUCUUCAUUCUAGGAAUACUGGCACCAAUUGAACGCGAUACCAAGGCCGGUACCCUCAUCGGCGUCGACAAGUACGGCAACAAGUUCUUUGAGAACAUGGAAGAAGAGCUGCCGCUCCGUACCCGCUGGGUAGAUUACAAGAACAAGGACUACGACGCCUCCCAAGUCGAGCCUCUCUGGCAUGCCUGGCUCGCGUACACCGUCGACACCCCGCCGCAAAACGACUCUCUCAUGGCCACGUCCAACGCGCGCGCUUGGGCCGUGCCCGAACAUCGCCCCAACUUCACCGGCACCCGCGGUGCCUUUAAGACCUACAGCACCACGAAGCCCAAGAUCAACGCCUGGGAUCCCGUCGCAGCGCCGCGGCAAUAG